ACCUAACCAAAACCCUCAUCUGAGUUCGUCUUUCCAAAACCCUCAUUCCUAUUCUAUCUUAUCUGUGCAACGAACAAUGGCUCAAACCCUAGCACGCACGAUCACCGCUCUUUCCACUCGCCACUCCAAAUUCUCGCUCUUUCUUUCCAGGCGCCUCCACUCCACUGUCACCAUCACCGCUCCUUCGCCUCUUCCUUCUCCCCUCUUUACCCGUCGCUCGCUGGCUCCUUUCUCUCACGCUGUCCAAACAAUCUGUCCCUCUGCACGCUUCUCUCAAAUACGAUGCCGUGUCAACCGCUCCGGCAACUCCGCCUACUCACCUCUCAACUCUGGCUCCAACUUCAGCGACCGUCCUCCUACUGAGAUGGCGCCUCUUUUUCCAGGCUGUGACUACGAACACUGGCUUAUUGUAAUGGACAAGCCCGGUGGUGAAGGUGCAGCUAAACAGCAGAUGAUUGAUUGUUACAUUCAAACCCUAGCUAAAGUUGUUGGAAGUGAAGAGGAAGCAAAGAAGAAGAUCUACAAUGUUUCUUGCGAAAGAUAUUUUGGAUUUGGCUGUGAGAUUGAUGAGGAGACAUCAAAUAAGCUUGAAGGCUUGCCUGGUGUUCUAUUUGUGCUUCCGGACUCGUACGUUGAUCCUGAAUACAAAGAUUAUGGAGCUGAGUUGUUUGUGAAUGGAGAGAUAGUUCAAAGAUCACCUGAGAGACAGAGGAGGGUGGAACCACAGCCCCAAAGAGCACAGGACAGACCAAGAUACAAUGACAGAACCCGAUAUGUGCGUCGCCGAGAAAACAUGCGGUGAAACACAAACUAAGGAAGCUGGUUGUAUAGAUCAAUCUUGGAGUUGGGGGUAAGGAGUGGGAGCUUUUCAACUGGGGUUGUGGUUGAGGAAAGACAUCAUCCUCUUUGGGUUAUUACAUAGUUGAACUUAAUAUGGAUUAAUGUUGUACUAGCACCUUGAACUCAUAUGAAUUAUGGGAUGCUAUCUCCUUUGAGUUGAUUAUAAAACUUUAUCAUUUGGGAUGCUUGAA